CUCAUUUAUCUGUGAGAUUGUUAAGUUGUUAAAAAAUGGCUAGACAUGAGUCAUAUGUCAGUGUGUGACGUGCACCACCAAAAACGUCAAACGUCAAAGGAAAAACCCAACCUAAACAUGGCGUCGGACGGGGAAGAAGUGAUAAGUGACCACGAAAAAGUAAAAAUAGUCUCAGAUUUCAUCCUCCAUUCGCCUCCAGGUGAAUUCAACGAAGUCUUCAAUGACGUCCGGAAGCUUUUAAAUAACGAUGACCUCCUGAAAGAAGGAGUAACCGGGGCAUUCGCCCAGUACAAUAAAGACCAACUCACCCCAGUUAGGAUAGAAAAUGCCGAUCACUUGGUGCUGAUUACAGAAUACAACGAUUUAGGUAACAACAGAUUCUUCGAUCCCCGUAGUAAACAAAGUUUCAAAUACGAACAUUUAAGAAAAGAGGCUUCCGAUUACCAGCCCUAUACCCCAGAUUCUGCUACGGAGCCUUGGCGGGCUGCCCUAGAUGCGGAGUUUGUCCAAUACACGAGGAACCAUUACAAGGACGGCGUUUGCAGCGUCGUGGGGCGCAACCAAGGUGGUGCUAUUACACUUACAGCUUGCAUAGAAGAUCACCAGUUUCAACCUAAGAAUUUUUGGAACGGUAGGUGGAGGUCUCAGUGGUCUGUUAGCUUAACGGAUGAGUCUACGGCCGAAGUAAGAGGUGUGUUGAAGGUUCAAGUCCAUUAUUAUGAAGAAGGAAAUGUCCAGCUGGUAAGCACUAAAGAAAUAAAAGAAACUAUUCCGGUUUCCAAUGAAACUCAAACAGCAAAAGAAAUCAUCCAAGUGAUUGAGAAUGCCGAAAACCUGUACCAGACGGCCAUCUCUGAGAAUUAUCAAACCAUGUCUGACACCACAUUCAAGGCGCUCAGGAGACUCCUGCCUGUCACCAGGACAAAAAUCGAUUGGAACAAAAUUGUAUCUUACAGUAUUGGCAAAGAACUAAAAACGCAAUGAUUAGUGACUGAGUUUUAAAAAUGAGGGUAUGGCUAUGUUUCGCCUUCUUGACGCUGCCGUUUCAGCCCAAAAUAUAGAGUGUUUAGCAUAAAUAUGGACACAAAUGGAAAAUAUCUAUUGCAACUCUCUUAGAAAGUUGAAUUCUUUAUAAAUAAAAGUUCCUGCAUGUUUUUAAACUCAAAAUGCAUUUAAAUAUCAGCUAUCAUUUUGGCUAAGUGAUUAAGUGAAGUUAGGAGUACCUAAAGAACAUCAAAAUUGUUCUAUUUUCAUUCAAAGAAGCAGAUGGUUGUUAAAAUAAUGAUUCCUACAUUUGCACAUAAAUCUAAAGUCAAAACAAAUUAAAGAGAUACAGUAAUAUUUGGUUAUUAGCAAACCUUUAUUAUUAUUAUUAUUAUUAUUAUUAUUAUUAUUAUUGAUCUAUAGAACAAUCUAGAGGUAAAAUAUUACCCACUUCUUAGGAAAACACAUUCAGAAAUUCUUUUUGAGUAGGUGGCUGAGAUUUUUGUGUAUUAUGAAAAGUCUAAAGCAAUUUUCAUAUUUUUUUAGUAUACUCUUCCCUUAAGGGCGAUGUUUGAAUUUUUGGUAAGACCAUUUUGAGUUUAAAGCCAUGCAGGAACUUUUAUAGGGGGUGAAGUCGCUGUGUUUUUUUGGGGUGAAACGGCC